AUGUGGUCGUCGUGGAGCCGGCGGAAGCCAGCCGCCGGGCGGCUCACGCAUUCCCCGUCGUUAUCCCCGUCUGUCACGUCGUCGUCCAAAGAACACAGCGGCAUCGGCUCCGUCCUUGAUGACGCGGCGCCACCCGCCGCCGGCGGAGGCAAGAUCGUCCUGCACCGCGUGCGGUCGUCGACCAAGCUGCGGACGUGCAAGUCGUUCGCGGCGGCCGAGGAGGCAGCGGCGGCGGCGGUGGCGGGCGAGCGGCGUGUCGUGCUCUACUUCACCUCCCUACGGGCCGUGCGGCCCACGUUCGAGGCCUGCCGCGACGUGCGCGCCAUCCUGCGCGGCCUCCGUGUCGGCGUCGACGAGCGGGACGUGUCCAUGGACGCGGCGUUCCUCACCGAGCUCCGCGCGCUGAUGCGGCGGGACCAACCGCCGCUGCCGCAGCUAUUCGUCGCCGGACGCCUCGUCGGAGACGCGGACGACGUGCGCGCGCUGCACGAGAGCGGGGAGCUCCGGCGCGUCGUGGCCGGGGCGCCGCAGCUUCCACCCACGCCGUGCGCGUCCUGCGGCGGCUCGAGGUUCGCCCCCUGCGUCGCGUGCGGCGGCAGCCAUCGCUGGUUCAGCGAGAAGACUAGGGGGUUCCGUGUCUGCGCAGCGUGCAACGAGAACGGCCUCGUGCGGUGCACCGCAUGCUCCCGCGGCUGAAGCUCGUCACAUAUCGGAGGCGACCAUAUCGCGCAUGGAACUGGAAGUGCUGGCUAUCUCAAUUAUCAAAUGUGCCUGCCCCAUUCGAUUGAAAUCCAAAGGAUAUGUUCCUCAAACCGUGUGAUUUGUGUGAAGAUCGAUGUUUGGACGUGGUUCAAGCUUAGCUGAUGUUCAUGAAUAGAAAGAUCGAUUAAUUAAAAGGAGGGUAAUUGCAGAUUUCUCACCCU